AAUAACUAUCAAUAUCUAUGUUUUCAUUCUCCCGCCCUCUCUCUGUAUCUAUCUACUCCUCAAUCUGCGUCCACUCCACCUUUCUUCUUUUUCCCUUUCAUUAUCUCUCGUUCUGUCUGUCCGUCUCUCCUUUUCUUUUUCAUUCACUUAUCCUUCUCUCUUUACGUCAGCUCUUUUUUCUUCGCCUUUUAUCAGAAUCACACACACACACACACACAAUUACAUACAUACACGUCUACACUCAACACACGCAUACACCCAGUUACGCGCACAUAUCUAGAUUUAAUCAUACACGAGUUUAUCUACACCCAAUCACUCACGUACAUUCACAUAUACACGCACACACCCAUAUACUCAAAUCCUCUCCUACAUGCAGACAGACACACGCAUACAUUUCUGCAUUCAAUGAUAACACGCGCACACAUACAUUUACACCCAAUUCCCCACAGACAGACAGACAGACAGACACGGGCACACAUACAGACACACAUGCACAUUUUCUACAUUGCACCAUUUAGCUGCAGUGGCAAAGAUGACUGACGAAAGACCAGUGCUGCACAGUCGUGUAGUAUGUCUUUUAAUAGUGAGUAUUUUCUCAGCAGCCUUCAGCGCUGAAGUUUUUCGGAUACUGGAAGACAAUGUAACCGACGUAACCAGCUACACGACGACUACCACCACAAACAACAUCAUUGUUAUCAACAACAACAACAACAACAACAACAACAGUAGUAGCACCCCCACCACUAUCAUCAAGAACAAAAACAAAAGAUGUAACAGUACAACAAGCAAGAGAACUACCACUAACACAGACAGUAGCAUUAACAACAAAAAGGACAUAAGUAGCACCUCUGAAUACAAAAACGUAGAGUUCAUUGUCGUCCGAGAUGAGAGCGAUGACAAUGGUGCAGAAAAGGAGAUAAUUAUAAAAGCUGAUAGCAGUGGUGAAACUGGUGAUGGUGGCUCUGAUGCUGGUGAUGGUGAUAAUGUUGGUGGUCAUCAUUGGCAGAACGGCAUCAGUGGUACCAACAGUAAAAGUGGUUAUAUCAUUGUUACGUAUGAUUACGGGAACAGUAACGCCAACAACAGAAGCGGUAGCUUCAAAGAUAACAAAGGUAGUUCUAGCGGGAAACAUAGCACAAGGGACCACGGCGAUAGAAACAACAGCAACAACAACGACAGCAACAAUAUAAAUGGUGAAAGCAAUAAAAGAAACAUCAACAGUAACAACAACAACAAUCACAAAAACAUCAUUAUCAGUGAUGACAGUAGGAAUGAGAGCAAAAAUAUUAACCACAACAGCAACGAACCUAAUAGCAAAAGAAGGAAACACAAAAGCCCCAAGAACAAUGAUAUCAAGAAAACAAAGAAAAAAGUCAUUAAUAGCUUGGAUGAAAUUGUCAGUGUCAACAAAAGAAAUAAUAACAACGGGAACAAUAGUGUUAGCAGUAGCAAUCACAACAACAGUAAAAAUAAUUUUAGGAGGAACAACAGAACUAACUAUACCAAUAAGAGCAAUAACGAUAGAAGCUAUAACAAUUACAGCAACAACAUCAGUAGUAUCGAAAGCAGUGGCAGCAGCAGCGGUAGUAGUAGGGGUAAAAUUAAUCAUGACGGUAACAUUAAUAACUAUGGCAACAACAGUGACACAAGUUUUAGUAAAAGAAUCAAUUCACGUAGGAGAAAACAUAGAAGCAUUAAUAGAGAUGAUGGGGACAUUAGUAAUGUUGCUGCUAGCACCAGUUAUAAACGUUUUACCAUUAAUAUUGGUAAGAGUAAUGUUAGCAAAAGAGUUGGCAAAAAAGUUAAAACUAAACGAGACCUUCAGUUUCAAGCCACGCAGGGCUACAAGGCAUCCAAUAAUUGUGAUAGCACUCCAUCAUUCCAUGGCCAAGACUUGGCGCUGAAAAAAAGUUUGUGUGAAUAUGAAGCAUUCAUACAAACCGUCAUGAAAUGUCGGAAUAUACCAGCUGUUUCAGUUGCUAUGGUGAAAAAUGGUGAGAUUUUAUUAUCCAAAGGAUUUGGAUUAGCAGACAGAGAGAAAGGCAUCCGGAAUGACAAGGAAAAAAAAUUCUUCAUUGGAUCUGUCACUAAAGGAUUCACAACAACACUACUUGCAAAGCUGUUAUCAGACACAACUAAUAUUACAUGGGAUACUCCAGUAAAAGAAUACAUCAAAGAUUUUGAGUUUACUGAUGAAGAAAGAACAGACCAUAUGACCCUAAAAGAUAUGCUGAGUCAUCGUACAGGAAUGCCAGGUUAUUUCCAACCAUUAUUAUAUGGAUUUCCCAAGAAUGUUACCCGAGCCCAGUUCAGUCGAAUGAUUCGCUAUCAGCCUGCAUUAGGAAUAUUUCGAAAUACUUUCAACUACAACAACUACAUGUAUGUUCUUGCAGCUCACAUUGCUGAAAGAAUCGCAAAUAAAACAUGGGAAGAAAUGAUCAAGGAUUACAUAUUUGUUCCACUUGGAAUGAAAAAUAGUGGAUUUUCUGAUCAAACAGAAUUUAACGAAACUUUUGCAAUGCCUUAUGUCACUGUUCAUGGAAAAUUGAAGAAAACUGGAAUGGAGGUUGUCAGGUCUAUAUACCCUGCUGGACCAGCAGGUUCUAUCUACACUACACCAACAGAUAUGAUCAAAUGGAUAAAAUUUCAUUUGGAACAAAAUUCUUCAGGGAAUUCACUUGACAUCCAUCCUGAACGUUUGAAAGAUACAUAUAAACCUAUCAGCCCAAAACCAGUUUUAGAAGAUGAUCUGACGAAACCUAAAUUUCCCAUUGAUGAUGUGUUUGUAUCAUACAACAUGGGCUGGAUAAGUUCUGUGUAUAGAGGUUACAACAGGCUUUGGCAUUCAGGUCUAAUUCCACCUUAUUCUGCAAUGCUCUAUCUCUUUCCUGAUAUAAAUGCAGGGAUUUUUGUUGCAAUAAAUGGACCACUUGGAAGUAAUCAUCGCUAUGGAUUAAAAUCAUUGGCUUGGACAGGUUCUGAUAUUCUUCUUGGUGAGAAACCUUGGUUAAACACAAGUACCUCUUGCUCGUACCCUAAACCUUGGUAUACAAUUGCUAAGACAUCUCAAGUACAACCUAAAAAAACUGUACAUCUUCAUCGACCAGCCAAAGACUUUUUGGGUUUGUUUUGUCAUAGAGGUUUUGGAAACAUUACAGUUUUUCUCAAUCAGACCAGCCAAAAGCUAAACAUGGAAUUUGGCAGAUAUGGUAAAUUAAGCCUGAGGCCUGUUGGCAAGAAUGAAUUCAUAGCACAAAAUUACGGACCUCUUUGGUUCUUAACUGAUUCUGAUGAUAAUAAUGAGACGAUGACUGUAAGAUUUUCAGAAAACAGUGAAAAUGAGAUUGAAUCAAUAUUGUUUCCUGUAGGUAAUGAUUUUGUGGUGCCAUUUGUAAAAGACAUGAAGGAGCUAGUUUAUGUAAGUGUCACUAUGAAGAUGGCAACAUGCUCAGCAGUGAAACAGAAGGAACCACAAGAACACUUGAUGUUUUUCACUGCUAUACUCUGCUGUACCACUUCACUUUUUCUCAGUGGUAUUCAACCAGGAAUAGCGAUAAGUUGAAUAGCCAGUUCACCCUUGUUAGAAUUUUCUAAUUUAAAAGAAGUCUGUAUAUAGAAAGUGAUGUAUGGAAUGAUGUAAAAUAUCUGUAUGGAUGGGUGGAUAUGUGUAGAGUAGACAGACAGAAAUAGAAGCAGUCAAAUAUACAGAAGGUGAGAAUAUACAGACAAUUUCCUAGUGAUACACACAGCUGACUGUAGAAAAUAGGUAGAUAUAGGAAGAGAGGGAUAUACUGAAAAUACUAAAAGAUAUAUAGGUAAGAUGCUAGAUAAACAAAAAUACAGUGAUGUGUGUGUGUGUGUGUGUGCGUGCAUAUGUGUGUGUGUGCAUACAUACACACACACAGAUAGAGAAAGAAAUCAAUUGAUCGGUGAAAAGUGAGAAAACUAGAGAGACAGAAAUACUUACCAAAAUGGAUAGAUGGAUGAGUAACUAAGUAGAUGGAUAUAAUCAACUAUACUCCUCUCUGAUGAAUUUAAAUAAGGCUGUGGUCAUGACCAAAAAAUUAUCAUUAUCAUCAUCAUCAUCAUCAUCAUCAUCAUUAUUAUUAUUAUUAUUAUUUGCUGGGCAAAAUGCUGGCAUUACAUCUGUCUAUAUGCUCUAAGUUCAAAUUCUGUCAUGGUCAACUUUGCCUUCCAUCCUUUCAGGAUUGGUAAAAUAAGUACCAGUUGAACACUGGGGCCAAUGUAAUCAACUUACCCGCAUCCUUGUAAUUGCUGGCUUUGUGCCAAAAUUUGGAAUCAUCAUCACCAUCCUCAUUAUUAUUAUUAUUAUUAUUAUUAUUAUUAUUAUUAUUAUUAUUAUUAUUAUUAUUAUUGCGGGUGAUGAAUUGGUAGAAUCAUUAUAUCAAUGGAAAAAAAAAUGUCUUGUCAUAGUUCUUCUUACUCUUUACAUUCUGAGUUCAAAUAUCACCAAUGUCAAUGUUAUCUUUCAUCUCUUUGAGAAUAACAAAAGAAAAUAUAAGCUAAAUCUAAUUACUGAUGCUGAUGGUAUCAACUAACCUCUUCCCCUCAAAAAUUGCUGGCCUUGUGCUUAAAUUAUUAUGAUUUAUUAUUAUUAUUAUUAUCAUUAUUAUUAUUAUUAUUAUUGUUAUUAUAUAGGCAGUAGAAAGAGUAGAGUGGUAUUUAGUUACAUUCUGUGUCUAAAUCCUGUUAGGAUCAACUUUGCCUUUCAUACUCUCAAGGGCUGACAAAAAAAGCAACAAUUAAGUAUGAUCUACCCCUACCUGCAAAAAUACGUUGUUUACAUUUUUAUUUCUAGUAUAUGUCACAAAGAAGCAGAACUAAUUAUUCUAAAUUUUUUUUUUAAUUAAGAAAAGAGUCAUCCCUCGAUUUUUUUCUUUUUUCCUUUUUGCUUUUGAAGUUCAAGUCAAGUGGAGUCAUGUGUAAAAAGAUGGUUUCUUUUUUUGUUUUGCACAAAAAUUAAAUGUUUAAAUGUUUGGGUCAACUAAAGAUUAUACUUUUUCAAAAUAUCAACCUCAUCUCUGGAGUUAAAAUAUUUUCCAAUAUUUACGUCAGCAUUAUAUUUUGAUCAGUUUGAUCUCCAUUUGUUAUAAAGAGUCUUUAUUACUGAAUGUGCACAUAGUGCCAGAGCAGAUUUAAAUGUGGAAUCUUUACUUCCAAACUAAAGUUAAUGGAAAAUAUCUAAAUAUUUGAGAUGGACAUUAGUGAGAGGAUAAAGAUUCUUUUCUAAUGUUUACAUAUAUACUAUAUUUGGAUUGGUUCGAUCACUGAUCAAUAUCAUAUCAAUAAAAUGUUAUCUAUCUAUCUAUCUAUCUA